UCGCAUCGAAGGAAGGUACUAAAUACUGAGGUUCGUCAAACGCCACUUUAUCAUAAACGGAAGAAAAAAAUAAAAAUUGUAUAUGUGCUGAUCGGAGCAAACAAAGGGAACCAAACUAAAACCGCCCACGAAUGCAAAGAUACAACAACAACAAGAGGCCUGUUCGUAAACGACCAAUCAGAGACCGAACAGUGACGACCCUUACUGGGAACGACGACGAGCACAACCAAGAGGUCCUUUUUUCAGGACCUUCUGCUUCUGGCGCCGCCGCUGAUAAAACCAAUAAUAACAAACCCAGUGGAUUCAACGACGACCCGUCCGUCUUUUCUGAUAGUAAUCCUGUCAAUUCCGGUGUUGCAAGCUUCGAGUACAGUACUAUGCCUUCCCCCUCCACGUUUGGCUUUGGCUACAAUAGCUUUGUCGGUCCAAUGAACCCUGGUGGUGUUACCGCUCAGCAAAAUCAUCUGUCGUCCUCGUCGUCGACUUAUUAUAAUCAACCAAUGCUUCCACCUGGAAAAUCCGACCUUGAAAUUUUGGAAAAUCUCAAGGAGCGAAUCAAAAAAGGACAGCACGAGUUUUUUCGUGCAACGCCCAUGCCGGAGCUUUUAGCUGGGCUUUAUCUCGGACCUUCUGGUGGUUCUGCGCAAGACUUGGAUGCUGUUCAAGAAAAAGGGUCUGUUGCUGUUGCUGCUGCUGCUUCGACGAAUGGAGACGGGAACGUCGGUAAUAAUAAGGCUUCCUCUAGUACCACUACUAUGACUUCGCCCUUGGCUAUUUCCUCAGAGAAUUCUCCCAGCAAGAUUACCUCCAUGUCGACCUUUCAUCAAGAAACUAAUGGACCAAAGAGUAGCAACGAAAAUGGCAGCAAGAGCGCUACGAGUAUGCCACCGAAUCCGACGGAUAGUAGUUCUCAUGGGUUGAAUAACUCAAUCAACAUGGGUUUGCCUGCCAAACCCCCGCUUACAAAUGCUCACGGUACUAGUAUGAACGGUUCUUUCACCAAAGACGAAAGAUCACCCUCAUCGUUUGGGAGAGAAAUAUACCCUCCUCUUCCGUCCAGAACCCGGGGUUCCUCUUCAUCUGGUGCUUCUUCUUCUCUACCUCAUUCUCAUUCUGUGUCUGCUCCGGAAAAUACCCAUGCGACGAACAAGUACUACGAUGCACGCGAUAUUCGAGAUACUCGUGAACGGGAUAGAGACAAUCAUAAUAACAAUAGAGACAAGGACCACGAUUCUCGACGAUCCAGUUCAGUUUCGGUUUCUGGCGCCGAAUAUGCUAGUGUUCGGUACGGACCAAUACGAGAUAUACGAGAUAUACGGGACAACAAGGAUGGUAUUACUAGUAUGCGACGAGAUGGAAGAAGACCAUCAACAGCUUUCCACUACGAUUCUGCAAGUUACCGUGAAGAAGAUUAUCUGCCUCCUUCGGACGAUUAUCGUCGACUAUCUGGUCCUCCUUCGACACCGCAGGCUCUUCCAAAUGAACGAUAUUCUAGACCACCUCCGUCUACUGACGAAAGACACCGUCUGGACGAUCGUUAUCCGGAGCGUGUUCCACUACCGCUUUCAUCAACUCCAUCGUCGUCCAUUCCUACAUCUUCUGCUUACGGUCCUUCGUUUCGUCCAGAUGAACGAGAACGACAUCGAUACGAUACGCACAGCACCACGAACUACCCCGCAAAUCAUAACCAUCAUGUUCCUCACACGGGAAUUACUCCACCCACUCGGCCAAAUCACGUCCAUAACAGUACACACGUCCUCGCGAGUCGAUACAACGAGAAUCGACCGCAGAUCGGGGAAUCGCCUGUUGCCGCGGCUGCAGCAGCCGAGAGGGAACAGAGGGAAAGGGCUGCUGCUGAGCGGGAACAGAGGGAAAAGCUUGAAAGGGAAAGAGACAGAGAACGGAUGGGAAAUACUAGAGAUUUCAGAGAGAGGGAUAUGAGACCGCCGCCUCCGCCUCCUUCUCAGGUGCAUCAAGCUGCUCCGGCUAAGCUCGAGGAACGUAUCGCCUCUCGCGCGCCAACGCUGCAAGAGCGUUUGAGUCAACCUCCAGUCGGAGAGAGUUCCAGGACGCUCUCGUUGGAGGAGAGAUUAUCUAACCAUCCGAACACUGGCACUGGUACCAAUACUGUUGCUGGCCCGCCUGCCAGUCCUGCAUCAUCAAAGGGUGGCUCAGUUGCUCCAGUUCCACCUGAUUCGGCUUCGUCGGCUGCUUCGAGUGAGUUCAUCUUUACCUGGGUUCUACGUUAACUUGAAGCUUACAAAGUCCCACAGCUACGACGAUUGGGACUGCUGAACGUGCUGUUCCUGCGUCAGCGUCUAGUGGUGGUGGUCCGAAUUCCGUCGCUACGGGUGUAUUACCCAAUUCCAGAAGCUUCCCUGCCACUGCUGCUAGAGACGAAACUGGACCUGUUCGUG